CGACAAACGCCUCUUGUAGUUUCUGAAUCCGCCUUCGAUCAGGGAAGAGCGCCGUUUAUCGUGAGCACAGUUUAGCUUUUAGUGUUUUAUUGUUUAUAUACUUAUUAUAGACAUAUAUAAGAAGUUGUAUGGUGAAAUACUCUAUUAAGGGGUAAACAGGUCAAGUCAUUUUGCUUCGGUUGAGUAGACGAAGCGUCUUUAGGGGAUUUAUCAGAAGGGUUGUUUCCAGCAUGGCGGAUGGAGAAGGUUUUGUGGUGAGAGUCAGAGGUUUGCCCUGGUCCUGUUCUGUUGAUGAAGUUCAGAGGUUUUUCUCAGAGUGCAAAAUUGCAAGCAACGGGACAAGCAUACACUUCACAUACACGCGGGAAGGGCGACCAAGUGGAGAGGCGUUUGUCGAGUUUGAAUCAGAAGAUGAUCUUAAAAUUGCUGUGAAGAAAGAUCGUGAAACCAUGGGCCACCGUUACGUAGAAGUAUUCAAAUCCAACAGUGUUGAGAUGGACUGGGUUCUGAAGCACACCGGACCGAACUGCCCGGACACAGGAGGGGACGGCCUGGUUAGGCUUCGCGGUCUGCCCUUUGGAUGCAGCAAGGAGGAAAUUGUCCAGUUUUUUGCAGGGUUGGAAAUCGUGCCAAAUGGGAUAACAUUGCCGGUGGACUUCCAGGGGAGGAGUACGGGGGAGGCCUUCGUGCAGUUUGCUUCACAGGAUAUAGCCGAAAAGGCUCUAAAGAAACACAAGGAAAGAAUAGGGCACAGGUACAUAGAGAUCUUCAAGAGCAGCCGCGCAGAAGUGCGCACACAUUAUGAACCCCAGCGUAAGGUCAUGAGCAUGCAGAGACCGGGCCCCUACGACAGGCCUGGAGGCGGCCGUGGCUACAACAGCAUGGGCAGAGGAGUCUCCUUUGAGAGAAUGAGACGCGGAGGCUACGGUGGAGAUGGUCGAUAUGGAGAUGGUGGCUCCUCCUUUCAGAGCACAACGGGACAUUGUGUACACAUGAGAGGCCUUCCAUACAGAGCAACUGAGACUGACAUAUACAAUUUCUUCUCUCCACUAAACCCAGUGCGUGUUCACCUGGAGAUCGGGCCUGAUGGAAGAGUAACAGGCGAGGCGGAUGUAGAGUUUGCCACACAUGAGGACGCCGUGGCCGCCAUGUCGAAGGACAAAGCCAAUAUGCAGCACCGUUAUGUGGAGCUGUUCCUAAACUCAACGGCAGGGGGUGGAAGUGGAGGAUACGGUGGCCAAAUGAUGGGCGGUAUGGGAAACCAGUCGUCAUACGGACACAGCAGCCAACAGAUGGGCUCUGGCUACAGCGGUGGUUAUGGUAACCAGAGUGGCAUGGGGGGCUACAGUGACUACAGUGAGUGUCAGCUCUUCCGUAGCUCUGCUAGCCGGUUCCCUGCCAAAUCCUAUCGCCCUUGGACCCCUAGGGGUAGCAGUUUGUAAUGCCUGAUUAAAAAGCCUUUCGUGUUAUCCUGUUGUAGCUGAUCAGGUAAUCAGGGCGGAAUGGGGAGCAGUUACUAUGGUGGAGGGAGCCGCGGGUCCAUGGGAAUGAACGGCCUCAACAGCGGCAUGGGGGGAGGCUGGGGGAUGUAGCCUCCGAGCUGCUUUACAACUUUCAUUUGAACAGUGUCCUCUUUCAUUUGUUUGUUCUUUGUUCCCUUCUAAGUUGUGUUUGGAGCAGUACACAAACAAUCUUCUUUUCCCUUUUGACAUGGUUGAAAACAAAUCUAGAGGUAGUAAUUUAUGUUAGAGAAGAGAAACUCUUUAUUUGCUGAAAUGUGACACAGCCCGUGUAUCACACUGGAGAGGUGCCUGUAAAUCUGUUUUUACAAUAGAGUAUUAAAGAGGUGAUUUUUGUUUCCUCACAGCAGGACCCUAUGGGCCAACUUUAUCAAAGCCUUUCGUACAGCUUGACGUCUUUGCACAUGGAGGUUUCACACUGUCAGUGAUUGUAGCAACAUAUCUUAAACUCUUCGCUCCUGCAAAGGUGUUUUGCAUGUACUUAAUGCUUACUCCAGGCUGAUUGUUUAAAGAGUGUUUAAGUUAAAAAAAAGACUUUUGUAUCAUUUUAAAGCAUGGUGGGAAGUGGACG